AUGCAAGUGCUCCGCUUUCCACUCGCAGGAGUUGAAUUCCAUUUGAAUAGGAGGAAUCUUCCUACUGUUCAGCCUAACAAGAUCUAUAAAGGCCGCACCUGUCAGACUAAAGUCUUCCCCGAGACUCCUGCCUGUCAGGUUGUUGCAGAACUUUCUCAGGAUACCGACUCAUCCAAGAGUCCCCCUGUCCCAACGGGAUGGACCGCCAAACUCAUAAAUCCGGACACGGUGCAAAAAGUGCUCCAUUAUUCCACUGGUUUGACAGCGACCCUUGAGCUCGCCGAGACCAAUGGCUCGCGCUACGUUUUCUUAUCGAGCAAGAAUUACUACUUAUGGAACACGGCAAGCCAGGAAGGGUGGCGUAUUCUCAAUGUAAAGAGUCGCGAUGAAUUGUACACCCAGUUGGCAAAGGGUAGAGGAGGGCUGAAGCUUGAAGAACUGCCAGAUUACGGCAGUGAUCUCGAAGGAUGAACGUUCCCACUUGUCCGUCACACAUAGUACAUGUUUGGUGCGUAACCUGCGCAUAUAUAAGAACGUAAACCUCCGAGUGAAGUCCUAUAGCUACAUCCAGC